AGAAGAGAACAUCUGUCCGGAAUACUGCACAGCAACUAAUUUUCUGGUUUUCAUGCGUGUGCAAGCAGCAGCUACAAAAACACCAGAAGCCCGGUGAAUAUAAAAGUAAUUCCCGCGGUAAAGCCAAUCCUCAGUUUUACAUGAGCUGCCGAGGGCAAAAGUACGUUUUUGGGAGCCCAGGCCGCUCCAUUGGAGGCCAUCGAGGAGUCGGAAUCACGGAUUUGCAGACACAUUUCUGGCGUGACUGCGGCGCAUUAAAUCACCGGGAAAUUCACGGCGACGAACAAAAACCGGAAGUGCAGCGCGAAACGAGCAACUGGUGGUCACCGAAAUGGAGGUGUACGCCUGGGGUGCCAAUUCUCACGGCCAGCUCGGCCUUGGCUUUGAGUCCGAAUUGUGCAUGACACCGCAGCGGGUGAAGAACUGCUCCUUCGCCGCCGCCCAAGUUCGCUUCAUUCGCGGUGGAGGCGGCCACGUCCUUAUCCUCGACACCAACGGAAGGGUUCACGCCUGCGGAUGGAACAACCGUGGUCAACUGGGACUGGAUUCUUCGGAGGAGUGCCACAACGAGUUCCAGAUGAUACCCGGCGAAUACUUCGGGGACGUGCCUGUGGAGACCAUCAGCUGUGGCUGGGACAUUUCCGGAGCCAUUACCGUAACCAAACGCUUGUUCGUCUGGGGCUCCAAUGCUUUCCAGCAGCUGGGAAUUUGCCAGCGCGGCUUUAUAGCCGUGAGAAAACCCAUGCCAGUGAAACUUCCGCGGGAAGAGUUCGCCCACAGGAUAAGCUUUGGCCUGCGCCACUGUGCCGUUCUCACGAAGGACAACAAGAUCUACGUCUUCGGUCGACUCAGGAUCAUGGAUCCACCGCCCAUCGAACUGGACAUCACGGCGACCUGCCUACAUCGCUGCAAUACGGUCAAGAUACAGCCCCAUAAUCCGAACGAACUGCGGAUAGUUUCCAUUUCGAGUGGUCAGAACCACAUGUUGUUGAAGUGCGUGGAUCACAGCGAAGCGGGUGGCGGCAGCACCAAGAGAAUCCUCACACUUGGAGACAACAAGUUCGGGCAGUCGAACGCCUUUCAGUUCGAGGAGGACGUACGACAAUUGGCUGUGGGCUGGACCCACAAUGCAGCGGUGCUGAAGAGCAACACGAUUCUAGUGUGGGGUCGUAAUUGCUAUGGUCAAUUGGGAAUGGGUUCAUUCAGCGAACAGCAGGCUAUACCAACACCGCUUUGCCUUAAGCUUCCAGAGGAUCAGAGUCCGGCCAGGAUUCACAUGGGAGCUGAGCACGGGUUACUGAGGACUACGGCCGGAGAUGUUUACACCUGGGGUUGGAACGAGCAUGGAAACUGCGGCAAUAACAGCACCGAAAAUUUAUGCACCCCAACCCUUUUGGAAUUGCCCCCAAUUAAAUUGUGCGGCGCUGGAGCGGGAUUUUGUUAUGCGAUUACAGAGCCAAUUAACUAACUUUUAUGUGAUUAACAUUUGCGCUUGCGCUUUCUGUACUUUUAGCUUAGCUUAGAUUUACAUUUGUGUACAGCUUUGUUAAAUAUUUUUAAAUAAAUAUAACUUUUGAACAUAA